UCAACAAACGGCUGAUGUCCAAAGAAAACCCAUCUCAUUUUAUCUACGAUUUCAAAGCCAUUAAGCAUAGUUCUCAUUUGCAAUCUCAACCACCGCAGCCAUUUAUCAAACAAUGCUAACCGGCAGCGACUUUGCAGCUCCGGGUCGAGCGGAGGGUGAUAACGCGGCCGAGCCAACACCAAGAGUGCUCAUCAUAUUAGCCUUCGUUCUGGACCGGCUGGUGGCUCGUAACGACCGUCUCCUAAACGGGGUGAGCCAGAGUCGGCAGCUUGAAGAAUCAGGCUGCUGCAGUCCUUCCUCUAACCAUUUAGGAAAUAGCUUCAAUGCAUUCCAUGGAGUCCGAGCUCCCACCAUCUCUAUAUUGAAGUACUUAGAGAGAAUCUACAAAUACACCAAUUGUAGUCCUUCUUGUCUCGUGGUUGGAUUCGUUUAUAUCGAUAGAUUGAUCCAUCGACACCCUGACUCGCUCAUCAUCUCUUUGAAUGUUCACCGUCUUCUCGUGACGAGUAUCAUGGUUGCCUCUAAGAUGCUUGACGACGUGCAUUACAAUAACGCGUUUUAUGCUCGAGUGGGAGGUGUGAGCAAAGUAGAGUUGAAUAAGCUGGAAUUGGAGAUGCUUUUUUUGUUGGAUUUUGGAGUGACCGUUAGUUCAAGGGUUUUUGAAACUUAUUGUUGGCAUUUGGAGAAGGAGAUGUUAUUGAAUGGUAAUGGGGAGAUGCAAAGAAUGGAAAGACCGUUGAUGCCUACUAAUAGUCUGGACGACGUGUCGGAAAUUUCAGUGGACGACACUCUUGCUUCUUCUUCGCCUCCCUAAUUACCAUCCAAAUUAGUAAUUAUAUUCAUUGUUUUUCUUCUCUUCUUCUCCGGUGCCGGAUUAAAUGCUUGUUCCGGUUCUUCAACAAUUUAACCACGGGUUUAAUUGAUUUUUGGAAAAUCAUUACAAA